UUUCAAGCAAACUUUGAUCUAAUAAUCCUUGGGAAUCAUUGGCAGCUCUUUAUUCUCUCUCCUAUUCAAAACACUAUUGUCUUCUUUUGUUCUUUGGGGAAUAAGCCAAAUAGACAAUUCAAAAAUAUUAUUGAUGCUGCAAUGGAGGCAAGCCGUAGACUCAACUCAAGAAAGGGAAGAGUGAAAUGGAUUAUUCCUAUGUCUCGGAUGCAAGUUGGGAGUUAUGAAUGUGGUUAUUAUGUAAUGUUGCAUAUGUUGAAUAUUGUUUCGGCGGUAAUUCUUGAAAUGUGGGAUGAGCGAUUCGCCAAUCCGGAACCAUUCUCAUCAGAAGAGAUUGAUGAAGUACGGACUCGUUGGACAUCAUAUUUCUUAGAAAUGACGCAAUCCAUCAACGACACAUGAUGAACGUGUUUGUUUAAGUUUUUGAGUGAUGAUGUUAAACAAAUACAAUGUGUUAUUACUCUAGACUUGUG